UGUGGAUCUACCGUCUCAAAACCUCGUCUCCAGAACAUCUCAAACGGCGGACAGAGCAGAGCACGACUUUCUCGACACCGCACUGCCCUCUGUCUGGAAAGCCUUCUGAUACCUUCUCAAUCCCAAAAUGCCGCCAGUCAGAACUGGAGGCGAUCUCAUCGGUAAACGAAGGAGGAUCCUGAUCGAUAAUGCAGAUGAUGCUGACGAUGAAACGGGUCCUAUGACGUCUCGCUCGGUCAAACGCCGUACAUCAAGUCACAAUUCAUUGCAGAAUAACCUUGGCAGUCGCCAAUCGUCUCAGAGUAGUUUCAACAUGCCUGAACGGCAUCACGCCGCGGUGGGCAGAGCAGGAGCUAGCUCAGUGCCGUCUACCUCGACAAACUCGCACACCGACCCGCAGCGGUUUGAUAAUAUCGGAGGGGUUGCAAUACCUGUGAAGCGAACAUCUCAGAGCAGAAGCAGCAAGCGGACUCGAAGCAGCUUUGAGGAAGGCAACCAGGAGAGCUCCUCUCACGGUCAAGAUCCGAUUACUCGAAAAGGCAGACCGGCGAGUUCAAGGCUACUGGGACUGGAUGCGAUGAUAGCGAAGUACGGUCAAUUGGGUUGCCAUGAUCGGACCCCGGCCUCCGAUAUGCCAUCGAGCUCGACUCUCCGUCAAACCGCCGCUCGACAGGCUCGCCUGUCUUCUUCUCAAAAUAGUCAGUCGAUACCUUCUAGCAUGAACACGGGUUGCACGCCUCUGCGAACGAGAGCAUUGAGCCAAACGGAACGCGACGCACGGGAUCCGAACCAUAGUAACGGAAACGAAAGGGGAGCGAGGCGUGAAAGGAGGACCCUAGGGCGAACGAGCGGUCAUGGACGAAACGGGAAUUCUCUACAAGUUUUGUCGGGAGCAUCGACAGAAAUCGCGAGCCGAGGACGGACCACGCACAAUAAUCGAAUCACUCUUGGUAUCACACGUACCGCGAGCAUGAGCGGAACACUCGUUUACACACCGCCUUCACAACGAUCUGGAUCAUUACCGAGAAGAGCGCUCGGUCUUGCUAGAUCUCGAACGAACAGUAUGGCAACCAUUGUCGGGCUCACCCGAACAAACAGUCAGCUCGGUCAGCUACGUCGGACGGGGUCGCUUUCGCUUGCCACCGGAAACGUAAGGGCUGCACUGUCCGAUUCCCAUACGAACAUCCCUGCUAUACAAACGACAAACACAAACACGGUUUUGUCAGCCGGGAUUUUACAAUCCGAUACAGACCUGAUUCGUACAGCGCUGAGUCACUAUCAAGGAGUCACAGAGGACGAUGCCCUAGCUGCAGAGAUGAAAGAGCUGGGUCUCGCCAAAGUACCCCGUACUCCGUCUCCUCUGACAGCCGACCUUUGGUCCGUUGCUAGGAGCCCGGUCGACCACGAUACCCAAUUGCGCUCUUCUUCUCCGUAUUCCUCUCCCGCUUCCAGGCCGUGCUUCUGGUUCCCAAAUGAGGAUCUGGGCCCUUCUGUUCCUGGUCCACGAUCGCCUGUCUCGCCGUCUGCCCCUUACUCUCGUCGAUCGUCGAGCGGUCACGCGCCCUUGCAUCGGCUCAAUUCGCUUUCGAAAUCCAGUCAAGGAAAGAUCCGACCCCCAUCAGCCAGAAAGCGCUCCUCCCAACCUCACGCCAAGGCAGGUCUGAUUGGACACCGAGUCCCGAGCGACCGACGAAAAGUCAAACGUGCAUUCUCGCUGUCCGACAGGGCACACCUUACAUCCUCUCCGGGGGGAAUGUUCAACUUAUUCGACACCGAUGCUAUCGAUCAUAUGAUGGAAUGAUGCGACCCGCCACGGUGAGCGAUGUCUCCAUACCGCUGCCUAGGAAUU